AUGGGAUUUGGGCAAAUUCCAAUUGACCCACUGGGGUCCCUCAGGGCUGCUCACACCCUCCUCCGUCUGCUCCCAUCCCAAGCCCUGCAGCCGGCUAAGCUGCGCUGGGAUCCUUCCCCUCACGCUGGCCAGAGGCACGGGUCCCAGCGGAGCCCCAGACACCAGGCAGCUAAAGGAUCCAGGAGCCUCCCUGUUCCCGCCCCUGCAGGUACCACUGAGGACUGCAACAACCAUCUGCUGUGCCCAGCAAACGCCAAGUGUGUGAACAACACCCACUGCACCUGCCUGGAUGGAUAUGGGCCAAGAGAGAAUCACCCCGUCUUCUUCACCGACACAACAGAGAUCUGUGACGAUAUUAACGAGUGUCUGGGGCCGAGCCCGCCAGACUGCGGACCCAACGCAAACUGCGCCAACGUGGCUGGGAGUUACUACUGUGCUUGUAUCCAUGGCUACGAGCCCAGCUCUGGGAAAGCCAAGUUCAUCUACGCGAGUGAGAACACCUGCCAGGAUAUUGACGAGUGUCAGGGCCCGAGCCCGGCAGACUGCGGACCCCACGCGAACUGCACCAAUGUGCCUGGGAGUUACCACUGCACCUGCAUCGAUGGCUACGAGCCCAGCUCUGGGAAAGCCAACUUCACCCACGCGAGUGAGAACACCUGCCAGGAUAUUGACGAGUGUCAGGGCCCGAGCCCAGCAGACUGCGGACCCCACGCAAACUGCACCAACGUGGCUGGGAGUUACUACUGCACCUGCAUCGAUGGCUACGAGCCCAGCUCUGGGAAAGCCAACUUCAUGCACGCGAGUGAGAACACCUGCCAGGACAUUGACGAGUGCCAGCGAAACACCACAAUCUGUGAGCCCCACGGGAACUGCAUCAACAUGCCAGGGAGUUACAUGUGUAAAUGCAGUUGGGGAUUUGGGAAGAGUCAUAAGGAUACAUCUAAGAUCUGCACAGACAUCGACGAGUGCAAGAAGACCCCAGAUAUCUGCAGCCCCAACGCCACGUGUGUCAACACCCACGGAAGCUACUGGUGUGAGUGCCGGGCCGGAUACGUCCCCUCCAACAGAAACACGACCCUGUGCCAAGAGCUCACCUGCCCCCAGCUGCUGGAUGAUGACAACUCUGCUGAAGCCAAGAACCUCCAGGGCAGCUUCCCGGCACAGGUGGGACGUCUCUGCAAGAAUGUGCUGGAGGAGCUGAAGCAGAUGAACUCUCAGAACGCCAAAGAGAAGCUGCAGGGCUUCUUGGACAUUCUGGAGAAGCAGAUAAAUCUGGUCGGGCAGCAGAGCGAGAGUGUGGAGCAGAGACACCGGAUCGCGACGGAGCUGAUGGCCAUAGUGGAGAAGCAGUUAAGAACGCUGGCCCUGACCCUGCGUGACAGCACGAUCAGUAUCGCAUCCACCAACGGCACAGAGCUGGGGCUGGCGGUCAGGCAGGCUGGGAACCAGAGCCAGGAGACCGUGACGCUGCAGCAGAGCAAGACACAGAUGGAAUUAAACUGGGCCGGAGUCCCAGGGCAGAAAAAUGAAGGCUUCACGCUGGCCGGGCUGCUGACAUACCAGGGGAUGAGCCCCAUCCUGGAAGGUGCUGGGUGGGUGGAGGGGCCCGAGUGGAACGAGAUCAGCCAGACCAGGAAGCGGGCGCAGGAUCCCGGGCGGCCCAGCUACCGUGUGCUGUCUCCAGUGGUGUCGGCCUUCAUCAGUGACCCGAACCCCCAGGCACGCGGCCUCUCCGUCAGCAUCCGCUUCAGCCACCCGGUGCCGGAGUCCAAGACUGACCUGCGCCUCCUCUGCGCCUACUGGAAGCCUGACAGCAGGCGCUGGGCCACCGAUGGCUGCACCCUGCAGAACUUGACCACCACCAUCACCCGCUGCCAGUGCAACCACCUGACCAGCUUCGCCGUGCUCAUGGCCUUCUACGAGCUGGAGGACUGGACCCUGGACCUCAUCACCAAGGUGGGGCUGGUGAUCUCGCUGCUGUGCCUGCUGCUGUCCAUCAUCACCUUCCUCUUCUGCCGCGCCCUCAAGGGCCCCCGCACCACCAUCCACCUGCACCUCUGCCUGGCGCUCUUCAUCGCCUACACCGUCUUCCUCACCGGCACCUCCAGCACCGGCAACAGGGUGGUGUGCGGCGUGGUGGCCGGGCUCCUGCACUAUUUCUUCCUGGCCGCCUUCUGCUGGAUGUGCCUGGAGGGCGCCGAGCUCUACCUGCUGGUGGUUCAGGUCUUCACCCCCCACGGCCUCAGGCGCCGCUACAUGUUCCUGCUGGGCUACGGCGUGCCGGCCCUCAUCGUGGGCGUCUCGGCCGCCACCUACAGCGAGGGCUACGGCACGGCGCGCCACUGCUGGCUCUCGCUGGAGAAGCAAUUCAUUUGGAGCUUCCUGGCGCCCGUCUGCAUCAUCAUCGCGGUCAAUGCCGUGAUCUUCGUGGUCACCGUCUGGAAGCUGUCGCUGAAAUUCGCUGACAUCAACCCCGACAUGAGCCAGCUGAAGAAGCUCAGGGUGCUCACCAUCACGGCCAUCGCCCAGCUCUGCGUCCUGGGCACCACCUGGAUCUUCGGCCUGUUCCAGUUCAACCAGCGCAGCCUGGUCGUCUCCUACAUCUUCACCAUCCUCAACAGCCUGCAGGGGCUCUUCAUCUUCCUGCUGCACUGUCUGCUCAAGAAACAGGUGAGGGACGAGUACCGCAGGUGGCUGAGCUGCGGCAGCCUCAAGAGACCGGCCAAGUACUCAGAGUUCUCCACCUCAACCGCCACGCGGCAGGGGCUCCAGCCGUCACAGGAGUCAGGGUUGUAGCACUCUUGCACUCAGCCCAUUUCCGGACACCGCAGCUUUGCACAUGAGAAAACCCGGCCCCCUGCCCCCGGCCUGGCCCUGCCCGUGAGCAGAGACCCACCACGCACCCGGACUCGCCGCAUGCAGAUGCUUCAACGGUUGCCCAGCGGAACCUGCCAGGCAGCGGGGGGCACCGUUACGCUGCCCAGCUGCCCCCACCCGCUGGGCACUCACCAGCCCCAGGCCUGCGCGCGGCCAGCAUCGCCAGCAAUAGCAACGCCAACAGGGCAGCCACUCAGCUCCGACGCGACGUCCUCUGGCCACAGGGGGCGCCUUUCCCUUUGGUAUGACCGGGUCCCCGGCCCCGCCUGCGGUACGACGCUGGGCCGGGCUGAGCGCGGGUAGUGGAGAUGAAUCCAGCCAGCAGUGAUGAACCCCCCCCAGCCCAGAGGACUCUGCCCCUCCCCCCAGGCACUGCAGCACCAGCCACCGCCCUUGGCUUCGAUGACGGUACGACACGGCCGGAGCUGAAGGAGGCAAGCGGACCCAGCCUGCGGC